UCGUUGAGAAGAGCAUAUAUAUAUUUAUGAAUGAAUAUUUUUUUUUUUUUUUUUCUAAAUAUACUUUUUUUUUCACGCUCACGCUAUUGAUAAACGGUGAUUGAAUUGCUGUGAAAUGUUGUUUUAUACGCGAAAUCACGUUGCAAACACGUUAUUAAUAAUAAUAAUAAUAAUUACAUUAUUAUUUAUUCAAUUAUCAAAUACUAAUGGCAUUGUUUUAAAUGAAAAUAAAAAUAUAGUGAGACAAAAAUUUGAACCGCUGACACUUCACACUACUACAACUGUGAAAAGACAAAUUGAAUGUAAUGAAAGCAUAACAACAGUAAAUAAUGAAAGAGUGCUUUGUAAAAAUGAACUUCUCUUUGAGGAAAGAUUUCAUGGAGAUUUGAAUGAAACAAUUUGGUCACGUGAAAUAAGAAUACCACUGGAACCGGAUUAUGAAUUUUGUGUUUAUCGUAAUGACGGUACUGUAAAAACUCACGAUGGUAUGUUAGAAAUUACACCAAAAAUAUUGGAAGAAUCCUAUGGAGAUAAUGCUGUUUAUAUUGGAAAAAUGAUUCUUGCCGAUUGCACGAGUAAUGUAGUUGAAGAAUGUCAACGUGAAGGAGCUGGAUAUCAUAUUUUGCAACCAGUUAUUUCUGGUCGUUUAACAACAAAGGAAUCUUUUAAUUUUCGUUAUGGAAAAAUUGAAAUAAAUGCAAAAUUCCCUCAGGGCGAUUGGUUAUUUCCCGAAAUGUAUCUAAUUCCACGUUACGAAAGUAAUGACGAUAAAUAUUCAUUUGCUAAAGUAAUAUUGGGCUUGGCACGUGGCAAUGAUAUUUUAUAUAAUGACGAGAGAGAAUAUGGAGGUAAAUUUUUGGAAUUUGGAUUCAGAUUUGGUGAUUCUGAACAUUUUCAAUAUAAAAAUAUCACUAAAUUCAGACGCAGCGGUGCUUGGACAAAAGAUUUUCACAAAUACACGACAAUUUGGUCUGAUAUUGGAAUGACAUUUUUAAUUGAUGGCACAAAAAUUGGUUUUCUUAAUCUUCAAGAGGAAUUUGUCGAUCCAACAUCAAAAAUACAACGAUUCGCUCCUUUUGAACAAGAGUUUUAUUUAACAAUUGGAGUUGGAGUGGGUGGACUUCGUGUAUUUGAAGAUGAUUUAUUGAGCGAUCAAUAUGUAAAACCAUGGAAAAAUUUGGGAGCAAAGGCAAUGUUAAAUUUUUGGAAAGCUAAAAAUCGAUGGCUACCAAGUUGGAAGAGACAAAGUGGAUCUGAAAUGGGUUUAAAAAUAAAAUCCAUUCGAAUUUGGUCCGUUUGAGAAUUUUUUUUUUAAUUUAAUUAAAUUUGUUCUAUUAGGAAAAUUUUAUUUAUUGUUAUUCUAAUGUAAAUUUUCGAUGUUUAGAAAAAUUAGCUAAAAAAAAUAAUAUCUUUAUAUUUAAUAAGAAUGUGGUUGUAAUAUUUUUUUUUUUUUUUCUGAAAGCUGCGAAUAUAUGAGGCAAACGACCAACCGAGGCCGGAGGUUGUUGCAUUCGAUAAUAAAGAAACGUUCAUAUGAUAAA